AUGUCAUCCACUGCCUUGCACCGCCCCGUCAAGUACCGCAAAUCGGUUGGUAGCUUGAUUUUGACCCCCACAGUGUUGAGUUUUGCUGGAGACGAUGGCCUGACCACAGAGGAAUGGCCUUGGACUUCUUUGCACAAGGCCACUGCCAACAAGGCGGGAAGCGCCAGUGAUCGAUUGAAGGUGACACUGCUCGAAGAUGGUCACGACGACUUGGUCUUUUCGUUCAAGUCACGAGAAAAAUUGGAAGUGGUCAAGGGAGAUGUGAAAACGAGAAUCAAAUCACCCAAGCAACAACAGCAACAUGGCAAUGGCAACGCCAUGGACAUGAGUCAGAGUGAGCGAUGGGAAGAUAGCAUGAAUGUCAGUGAGCGAUGGCCUGAACCAGCAGAACUCAAAGCGACUCCACCAGAUCCACCAGAAGCAACGGAGACCAAUCUAGUAGUAGAGGAAUCAAAAGAAGAAGACCUCGCCAUGAGCAACAGCAGCUACGCUUCCGGAACUAGUGGCCGUCGAAGAUCUUCCACAACCAAGAAAAACACCAAACGUCGAUCUUCCAAUACUAGCAACAGCGGUGCCUCUUCCAGAGCAGACACCUCGUCUGACUCUCAAAAAGAUUCGGCAUCUGUUAGAAGAAAACAACAAUCCAACGAUGAGGAGUCCUUCGAAUCGUCUUCCCGUUCCAUGCCAGCUCGAGCUCCAACGAAUCAUUCGGAGGAAUCUUCCACCGUAUCACAGCAAGCAACGAAUACGACAGAUACUCAAGACAGAGAAGCUAGCCAGCACAUUACGAGACAGUCUCGACGACCAAGCCAAACAAGUCAGAGAUCCAGAAACAGUACCACGAGAACCAGACAGCGACCAUCUGCUGCCAGUAACACCAGCAUUCCCACAAGUGUCAACCUCCUAGACACAACCGAAGACGACAACAUAUCCAUGGGUUCGGAAAUGACAGCUAAUUCGGCUCGGGCCAAUAAUAAUAAUAGCAGCAACAAUCAAAAGCCGACACAAUCAAGCGAGGACCGUGUUCUGGAAUACUUUAGUGAUGAAGACGAUUUCUCGGCCGAAAGUGGGGCAAUUCAGCCACCGUCGAGAACGAAAAUCCAUCAACCUCGACAAGCAAGAGUGAUAUACGAGGACGACGACGACGAGGAUAGUCAAUUCUCUGCGGAUACCCGACAAUCCACGUCUUCUCGCAAUUCGAGUAGCAGCUCGAAGAAGAAGAAGAAACGGGGUUCCUUUUCCAAGAGCAAUGCCAAUGCCAACAAUAACAGUAGUAUGCGUGAUUGGAUGCCGGCUCCCAUUAGCGAAGAGGAGGAACGGAGCAUUCAAAGUGGAGAUGGCAUCAUGUGGACAAACCAAGAAGACAUGCGGAAUACUACUAAUCCACCAACUCCUCCACUCGUCCCCAUGGCUAGUGCAGGCGACAGUUUUACUCCAAUCAUGAAUGUCGACAAUGCCGUCAAUCCAUCCACUGCCGGAAAUCGUACAAACAACAAGAAGGAUGGCGCGCUAUCCAAGUUAUCACAACCACAAUUAUUCAUCAUUGCCGGAAUUUUCUGUGGUGGCUGUUUGAGCGGGAUCAUCUUACUCAUCUUUUUUGCGGUCCAGUCCGGAAAGAACAGUGACGAGACCACAUCCACCAAAACCAGCAUGUUGCGAGGACGGAUUGUAGAUGACGACUUCUACCGCAAUAACGACGAUGAUUUCUACUAG